AUGCAGACUCACGCUGGCGCCCUCGUCCUGCUCACAUGCUGCCUCUGGCUGUCAGUGCAUGCUCAGAACCAAGACGCAAACCAAGAGGGUUCUGAGCCAGAGCGGCGCAAGAGCGUCUGGGAGGAACCCAUUCAGUUUUUGACCAAGGCCAAGGACCAGUGCAGCAUGGCUGUGACAGGGCAGGGUGACUUGACCAAGCUACGGAUAACCUGCCAGGGCCAAGACAGGGCAUACUGGUGCGAGUACCAGGGCAAACCUCAAGUGUGUCGCGCUUACAAUAACAACCCUCGGCAUUACUUCACCCAGAUUAUGUGGGACCUACGCAAACUGCAACACGCCUGCCAGGGCCAACGUCAAAUGAAACCGCUCAUGUGCAAGAGAGCAUCUGACGAGGCCCAGAUGGUCUUCACCGCGUCCUCCUCUCCCGAUGCCGUGCCCAGAGACAAACCAGAGCAAAAGAGACCAGACCAGCCAAGACCUAAAUCAGGAAAGCCCCAGCCAGCAAGACCUCAGCCCUCCAAACCCCAGCCAGCCCGACCUGCCCAGACAAAGCCUGAUCAGUCCAGACCAGAGCAGGGGAAACCAGUGUCAGCAAAGCCUGGCCCAAAAAACACCACUCUGAAGAAGAUCCUCAUACCUAAGACACCUUCACCAAAACCAACCAAGGUAGCACCAAAAGGCGAAGCCAAGAAGAUCGCUCAGGAAUACUGCUGGCGCUCACUUCAGGGAGUCUGUGCCUACGUCAUUGGCUGGUUCAGAAACUAA